CACAUACACGUACAUCCAUACAUACAUACGCGGUACUUCCCACUCGCAGCUCAGCUUUCAAACGAUACACACACACACAAGACUGAAGCCCACUGUAACAACUAAAAAGACAGCUGUAGUGUACCGCCGACGGGCAAAUGGCAAAAAUCGCACAAUGCCCACGUCACAAAGGAAUGUCGUACAUGAUAUUUUACGUGAAGUUUAGGCGUUUUUUUGCUCCAAUGUAACUGGAUCUCUUCUAUCUUGGCCAGGCAAUUUUAAGGCAAAGCUGCGUCCUGGCCUCGCAAUCCUCAAUGAGAAGGGUGAGUUUUGAGAACCUACGUUGUUGUCUAGGAAACUUGAAGGACAGGACAUACAUACCUAUUCACAUGGCUGUGACCUGUAUACAUACAUAUACACGCAAAAGCACCGUGGCAAGUACAGUGCUGCACUGCAGUUCAAUUGGCGGGCCCUACCUGGAGGGUUUUAGGGUUUUAGGUUUUCCAAACGCUCGACGAUCAUCAUCAUCAUCAUCAUCAUCGUCAUCGACAUCAUCGUCAUCGACAUCAUCAUCAUCAUCAUCAUCAUCAUCAUCAUCAUCAUCAUCAUCAUCGUCAUCGACAUCAUCAUCAGCUCUUUGGCAAGGAAGCUGGCCCCCUUGCUGCCACCACCCGCCGCACCGCCAUCGUCAUCUCAACAUCCCCUCCAGCGCCACCUUUGCCACCGCACCCCCCACCAUACCCCAUCAACGCGGGAGAACGACUAUCCCCAUCCCCAUCCCCACCACCAUCCCCACCACCAGCAUGACCGUCACCGCUAUUACGAACGCCUCUCCUAACCCUUCGCCUGUCCGACUCAUCGCCCCGAGACGUCCCCAAAGCGUCCGUGCUCCGAAGCACAACACUCCGAAUCAGGGGGCAGCUGCAGACAUCUUUGGUGAAUCUUCCUCUGCCAAACCCCUGACGAGUGUUUCGGCUGGCACCUUGGUUCCGGAGCUUUGA